GGCAGAUCACAGCCUGAGAGCAAGCAGCCAGUGUCGGUGAAUACGAACUGUGUGCGAAAACGAACGCAGGGCAGCUACAAGCUCAGAAAUCCAAUCAGAAGAUAAUAAUUCAAACCAAUAUGUCGAGCAGUGGCCGUUUCUGUCUGCUGGUGGUGGCCGCGUGUCUGCUGGCUCCGGACGCCGUGUCGGCACAGAUCCAGUUCUCCGAGGACUGGACUCACGGCAAGCGCGACGUGUCGGCACAGCAGCAGCAGCUGCUGGCAGCGGCCGCCGCCGCCGCCGACGGCGCGCCGCGGCCGCCGCUCAGCCUGCUGGACGUGCUCAGCAAGGCGGCGGCGCAGCAGGCCGCCGGCCAGCAGUGCAAGCCCGACGCCGAGGCGCUCGGACUCAUCUACGACCUCAUCAUGAGGGAAGUCGAGAAGGUCAUCAGCUGCAGAACCCAAAACGGAAUGCUGAAACCGGCCUACGCGACUUAGAAUCGGGAGUGCGCAUAGCUUCUGGUUGAACCAAAGAAGAAAUGGCAGUUCCUCGAAGUCACUCAUUUCAGGGAGUUUAUUUAUUUUCCCGUCAGUUCGGCUGGGAAUUCAGUGUCGAUUUGCACGGACCAAGUCUGAGGGACGCCACGGAGUGGGUCUUCCUGAGCAGCUGCAGUACUGGAUAGUUACCGCAGAAGUGCUGUUCCGCUGAGGAGAGCGGCGCUGUCGUAAAGAGGAGGUGGCACUCACGUCACAUAUCGAGUGCUGCUGGUGCCGACGGCAGCGUGGCGGGGUCUGAGAGGGUCGUCCGUGGGGACCGGGGCAGCCUGCUGCUCCGUGCAGCUGGCGAGGCUGCAGUGGCUCCCGCCUUCACCAGAGGACCCGUACGCAAGACCCAGUGAACUGUGAUACCUACCUACUGUCCUGAUCUCAGCCUGCAGUUAUGGCCAUCACUAGUGCUCAGGAUCACUGUAUACUUAUCGUUCCUGCAUGUGCGCGGUUGUGGGAACUGGGAUGUGGGUAUGUGUAAUACCUGCAUGUUCCUAUGUCGAUGGAAAUGUUAGUCAUAAAACGUUAGUCAUAAUCGUAUUCAAGUAUUUUCGGUUCUCAGUUAUUAUAGCUUGAAACGCUGCCAAUUUUGUAAUUUAGAGACGAACUAUUUAGUAGUAGUUUAGUAUAGUUCGCUUGUAUAGUUCGUUAGCCAGCAUCCCUCUUCUGACAAGCUAUCAAACCCAAACUUUGUUCGUGUUACACAUGCUGGUACUCAUCUAGCUCAUUUGCAUUUGCAGCUUAUCUAUUAUGUGCUCAUUUUAGUUAUUUAUUUCACCAUGCUGCUCCAAUUGUGAUGAUUUUUUUUGUGUUUAUAAGUCGAAUGUGUCAUUUGUCUUUUGUACGAGGCUUUUUAUUAUUUAUUGGUUGGUAUGCUGUCAGUGUGAAAAGUGCAUGAAUGAUUGACAAUCCAUCAAUAAAUUUGAUACAAAA